AUGCUGAUACUUCAGCUGCUUUUGAUGGUCCUGAUAACCCAGGCAGAAAAGCCUUACUGCAUACCACAGGGGCACAGGGUUUUGCCUGAAAUGGAGAAAGAUGGAGACCUGAUAAUUGGGGGUGUAUUUUCCUUCCGCACCGGACAAGAUGGCUACACAGAUUCAUUUACAAAAAUGCCUGAAAUACGUCCAUGCAAAGAUUUCAGUUUCAGGGAGUUCAAAUUUGCUCACACAAUGAUGUUUGCAAUAGAUGAAAUAAACAGGGACAGAGACAUUCUCCCUGGAAUUAAACUGGGCUACAAAAUUUACAAUGAAUGUGGAUCCACAGACAUACUAAGAGCUGUGAUGACAUUAGUAAAUAGUCUAGAUCAGUCAGAAAAAGGAGCAAACUGCACUAAACCUCCAACAGUCCAAGCCAUUAUUGGACAUUCUGGAUCAACACCAACCAUGAGCUUUGCAAAGAUUGUUGGAAGAUUUCAUAUACCAGUGAUUAGUCAUUUUGCAACAUGUGCUUGUUUGAGCAACAGAAAGGAGUACCCCUCCUUUUUCAGAACUAUUUCCAGUGAUUACUAUCAAAGUAGAGCUCUGGCCCAGCUGGUCAGACAUUUUGGCUGGAUGUGGGUGGGGGCAUUAAGCAAUCAAAAUGAUUAUGGAAUAAAUGGAAUAACCACUUUUAUUAAGGCUGCUAAUGAGGAAGGAGUGUGUAUUGAAUAUUCAGAAGCCUUUGAAAGUACCAGUCCAUACCAUGAAAUCAUUAGAAUUGUGAAUAUUAUCAGAACCUCCACAUCUAAAGUAAUAAUGGCUUUCAUGUCACACAGAGAGAUCAAGAUACUGGUAGAUGAGUUAUACAGGCAGAACAUUACAGGACUGCAGUGGAUCGGAAGUGAUGCCUGGAUCACAGAUGACUCUCUAGCUGAUAUCAAUGGUCACACUUUGCUAAUUGGGUCUAUAGGAUUCACUGUCCGCAAUGCUCAAAUACCUGGACUAGACCUUUUUCUACAGGAAAUUAACCCCUCUCAAUUUUCUAACAGCAUAUUUCUUAAAAACUUUUGGGAGCAUGUCUUUGACUGUUCUUUAAAUCCAAGUGAAACAAGAAAUACAUGUAAUGGCUCUGAGAACUUGAGGGAUGUGCAAAACUCUUUCACUGACUUGACUGACCUAAGGUUCUCAAACAAUAUAUAUAAAGCCAUUUAUGCAGUAGCUCAUGCAAUUAAUAAUCUUAUCUUGUGUGAUCAAAACAAAAGCUUUAAUUCUAAUUCCUCCUGUCUAAAAAUUGUUGAAAUAAAGCCUUGGCAGGUCUUAAAUUCCUUGCAAUCUAUAAAUUUCACCACACCUGGGGGUGAAAAUGUAUUUUUUGAUAACAACGGAGACUCGCCAGCAAGAUACGAGCUGAUAAAUCUACAAAGUGUUAAUAAAGGCAAAAUUAAGGUGGAAACUAUUGGCUAUUACGAUGCCUCUUUGCCUAAAGGUCAGCGGUUCUCCAUGAAUAAUGUUCAGGUAGUCUGGAGAGAAGGAAGCCAUCUGGUGCCUGUAUCCAAAUGCAGUGAGAGCUGUCCCCCAGGAACCAGGAAAGCUGUACAGAAAGGACAACCUGUCUGCUGUUAUGAUUGUAUACUAUGCCCUCCAGGAGAGAUUAGUAACAGCACAGAUUCUAUUAAUUGCCUGAAAUGCCCUAUUGUUCAGUGGUCAAAUACAAGAGGAGAUGCCUGCAUUCCAAAGGAAAUUGAAUUCUUCUCAUAUGAUGAAAUAAUGGGGAUACUUCUGGCUUUGUUUUCUUUAUUUGGGGUCUUUUUCACAAUAUUAAUCAUGCUGAUUUUCUACAUGUACAGAAACACACCUAUAGUUAGGGCCAACAACUCAGAAUUGAGCUUCCUGCUGCUCUUCUCAUUGACUCUGUGUUUCCUCUGUUCACUUACUUUCAUUGGUCGGCCCACUGAGUGGUCCUGUAUGUUGCGUCACACAGCAUUUGGGAUCACUUUUGUCCUCUGUAUCUCCUGUGUUUUGGGGAAAACCAUAGUUGUGUUAAUGGCCUUCAGGGCUACACUUCCAGGAAGUAAUGUCAUAAAAUGGUUUGGGCCCUUGCAGCAAAAACUCUGUGUUCUUACCUUUGCACUUAUACAGGUGCUUAUAUGUGCAUUUUGGUUAAUAUUAUCUCCACCAUUUCCAUACAUGAAUAUUAAUCAUUAUCAGGAAAAGAUCAUUUUAGAAUGUAAUUUAGGUUCAGCUAUUGGUUUCUGGACUGUGCUGGGUUACAUUGGUCUGCUGGCUGUCCUUUGUUUUGUUUUAGCUUUUCUGGCACGGAAACUGCCAGACAACUUCAAUGAAGCUAAAUUCAUCACAUUCAGUAUGGUUAUAUUCUGUGCCGUAUGGAUCACGUUUAUUCCAGCUUAUGUCAGUUCUCCUGGCAAAUUUAUUGUUGCUGUGGAGAUAUUUGCCAUUUUGGUCUCUAGCUUUGGUUUACUGUUCUGUAUUUUCCUGCCAAAAUGCUAUGUAAUUUUACUGAGACCUGAAAUGAACACUAAAAAGCAUGUUAUGACAAAGAUGUCAAAUGAUAUCCAUUGA